AUGCCAGAUUUUGGCUAUGAAAUUGUUGAUUUCCAAUAUAAUACGUGGCAAAUCACAAGCUGGACAAGCUUGGAAAAGAGGAUAACAGGUCCUGAAUUUGAAGCUGGAGGUGUACCUGCCGGUUGGCAUUGCUGUGCGCAAUUUGCUUUGGCAUUAUGGAAUCCAGAAGAUCCAACAUCCUAUGUUUUUCAUUGUACGUAUGUAUUAAAUUGUUUAUCAUUUGUA